AUGGGUAGUGUAGCACAUGCUGAGGAAGAGAAGAAAGAAUUAGCCAAAGAUGUUCAAUUUCUUGGUCACUUAGGAGUUUUCCUUGUGGACAUGUCAAAUGGUGGUGUGGUAGUUCAGAAUAGGUCAGAAUCUUCAUUGGUGGACAUUCAAGUAGAGCAUACCAUUCAAAUAUUAGAAGACAUGUUCAGAGCUUGCGUGAUUGAUUUCAUGGGUAAUUGGGAUGAUCACCUACCUCUCAUAGAGUUCCCUAACAAUAACAACUUCCGUUCCAGUAUUCAUAUGGCCCCUUAUGAGGCACUUUAUGGGCGUAGAUGCAGAUCUUUGGUUGGUUGGUUUGAAGUAGGUGAAAAAGCCUUGGUUGGGUUAGAUUUGGUUCAUGAGGUUAAGGAGAAAGUUCAACUCAUAAGAGAUAGACUGAAGACAACUUAUAGUCGUCCAAAGUCCUAUGCAGAUGUGAGGAGGAGGGACUUAAUGUUUGAAAUAGAUGAUUGGGUUUUCCUGGUGGUAUCACCAAUGAAGGAGGUAAUGAUAUUUGGCAAGAGGGGGAAGGUUCAUGGAACUCAGUUCAGUUAG